UUGUCUUUGCUUCCCUGCUCUCGCUUUAACGUUAGUCUUGUUUAGUCCUCUGUCUUGCUUUGCUACUCUCUCACAACUAAACCUCAAUCUUGUUUGGUCCGCCGUCUUGCUUUGCUACUCUCUCACCACUAAACCUAAAUCUUGUUUGGUCCUCUUCAGCUGUCUUGCUUUGCUACUCUCACCACUAAACCUAAAUCUUGUUUGGUCCUCUUCAGCUGUCUUGCUUUGCUACUCUCACCACUAAACGUUUUCUUGGAGAUGAAGACAAAAGCUGGGAAACAAAAGAAGAGAAGUGUUGACUCAGAUGAUGUCUCUACGACAAGGAGGCCAAAGCGAGCAGCGGCAUGUACAAACUUCAAGGAGGACGAGGAAACUAUCUCUAUCCCUGAGAAAUCUUCAACUGUUGAGACCAAGAAACCUCAUCUCGUGGAGGAGGAGAUCGUGGCGAUAGAGUUAACUGCUUCUUUGGAGAGAAAUGAUGACCAACCUCGCCCGAACCGGAGGCUAACUGAUUUCAUUUUCCAUGAUUCAAAUGGAGUUCCACAGCCUCUAGAGAUGUUGGAAGUUGAUGAUAUCUUUGUUGGAGGUAUUAUCUUACCUUUGGAUAAUGACAUAGAGAAAGAAAAGGGUGUGAGGUGUCAAUCUUUUGGACGAGUUGAGAACUGGAACAUAUCUGGUUAUGAAGAUGGUUCCCCGGUGAUAUGGAUCUCAACCGCGUUAGCGGAUUACGAUUGUCGUAAACCUGCUGCUAGCUACAAGAAGAUGUAUGAUUACUUCUUUGAAAAAGCUUGUGCUUGUGUGGCUGUCUAUGAGAACUUGUCCAAGAGUCCUGAUACAAGUCUUGAUGAGCUUCUUGCAACAGUAUCUCGUUCGAUGAGCGGAAGCAAGUUCUUUUCCGACAGUUCAUCUAUCCGAGAUUUUGUUAUAUCACAAGGAGAAUUCAUAUAUAACCAACUAGCUGGUUUGGAUGAGUCAUCGUCGUCGUCGUCGUCGUCUACCAAGAAACAUGAAACAAGUUUUGUUGGGAAUCUUGUUCUUGUUUCUUUAAAAGAUGAGAGUAGUAAACUUCUUAAGGGUUUGUCUAAUGUUUCUUUGAGGGUUCAUGAAGGUGAUGCCUUAACAUCUGAUCAACCAGAUGAUGUUCUUGAGAAGGAGAUGAAAUAUGCGAAGCUACUACAAGACGAAGAGUACAGGAAGUACAUCCAAAAACCAAGAAGUAGGAGCACUUUAACUUCAGCUGCAAAUAAGUUUUACAUAAAGAUCAAUGAAGACGAGAUUGCCAAUGACUAUCCUCACCCGUCGUACUAUAACAACAUCAAAGAAGAAACAGAUGAGCUUUUACUCUCCGAGCCAGGGUAUAAGGUUGACCCUAGUGAUCUACCUUAUAUGACACUUCAAGAUUGGGCUCUUUACAACUCUGAAUCACGGUUGAUAUCUCUAGAGCUUCUUCCUAUGAAGCCAUGUGCUGAUAUUGACGUCACCAUCUUUGGGUCAGGUGUUGUGACUAAUGAUGAUGGAAAUGGGUUUUGUUUCGAUGAUUCCGAGAGCUCUACACAGCCACAAGAUCCUCAUGGGAUGAGUAUAUUCCUUAGUCAAAUAAAGGAAUGGAUGAUUGAGUUUGGGGCAGAUAUGAUCUUCAUUACAUUACGAACAGAUAUUGCAUGGUAUCGACUUGGGAAACCAUCAGAGCAAUAUGCUCCAUGGUUUGAACCUGUUAUGAAAACAGCAAGGGUUGGGAGAAGUAUUUUGGCUUUGCUCAAGAAUGAAACAAGGGCUGCUAAGCUUUCAUAUGCAGAUGUCAUAAGAAGAUUAUGUGAUUUGGAAGAGAAUGAUAAAGCUUAUGUUUCUUCUAAACCUUUUGAUGUAGAGAGGUAUGUGGUCGUCCAUGCACAAAUUAUCUUGCAGCUUCUUACUGAGUAUCCUGACAAGGAUAUUAGAAGGUGCCCAUUUGUGCUUGGUCUUGCAAGUAAAUUGCAAGAUAGGCACCAUACAAGGUGGGUCAUCAAGAAGGAGAAAAUCUUGCAAAAGGGUAAGAAUAAAAAUCCAAGGGCACGCAUGGCAUCUAAGAUGAAACCGAUGGAAGCAACAAGAACCUGUCUCAUUAACAGAAUUUGGGGAGAGUUUUACUCUAUUUACUCUCCAAAGGAUUCAGUGGAGGAGAUUAGUGAAGAAGAAGAAAAGCUUGAAGAGGAGGACGAGAAUGAGGAAGAGGACACUGUGCGAGAAGCUGUUGAGGUCCAAAAGUCUCAUAGUCCUAAGAAAAUUAGAAGUAAUUCUGAAAAGAUGGAAAUAAAGUGGGAUGGUGAGAUUCUUGGAAGAACUAAUGCUGGUGAGCCUCUCUAUGGAAAAGCCCUUGUUGGAGGGAAAAUGGUGGUAGUAGGUGAUGCUGUCAUCUUCGAAGUUGGUGAUCAAGAUGAAACUCCGGCGAUCUAUUUUGUGGAGUACAUGUUUGAAAGUUUAGAUCACUGCAAGAUGCUGCAUGGUAAACUCUUACAACGAGGAUCCAAUACCGUUAUUGGGAAUGCGGCUAACGAGAGGGAACUAUUCUUGACUAAUGAAUGUCUUACUUCUCAACUCAAGGACAUUAAAGGAACAGUCAGUUUUGAGAUUCGGUCAAGACCGUGGGGGCAUCAGUAUAGGAAAGAGAACAUCAUUGCGGAUAAACUUGACCGGGAAAGAGCAGAAGAAAGAAAAGAAAAAGACUUUUCAACUGAGUACUACUGCAAAAGCUUCUACUCACCAGAGAAAGGUGGAUUCUUUAGUCUUCCAAGAAAUGAUAUGGGUCUUGGUUCUGGAUUCUGCAGUUCAUGUAAGACAAGAGAGGAUGAAGAGGAAAGGUCCAAAACAAAACUCAAUGCUUCAAAGACAGGCUUCUUCUCCAAUGGAAUCGAGUAUUCUGCUGAGGAUUUCGUUUAUGUAAUCCCCAGCUAUAUAACUAAAGAUGGAGUCCAUAAGGAUGCUGGAAGAAAGCCUUUUAUAAGGUAUGGUCGAAACAUUGGGUUAAGAGCAUAUGUCGUCUGUCAGUUGCUGGAUAUCAUUGUCGCAAAGGAACCUAAAAGGGUCGAUAAGACUUCCUUUGAGGUUAAAGUGAAAAGGUUUUAUAGGCCUGAAGACAUUUCUUCAGACAAGGCAUAUACUUCAGACAUACAAGAGCUUUAUUAUAGCGAGGAUACUUAUAUUCUCCCUCCAAUGGCUAUAAAUGGAAAAUGUGAAGUAAUGAAGAAAAAUGAUAUGCCCUUAUGCCGUGAAUAUCCAAUAUCAGACCAUAUCUUCUUCUGUGAACACUUCUAUGACUCCUCAAAUGGUUCCAUCAAGGAGUUACCUUCAAAUAUGAAGCUGAAGUUCUCUACUAUUAAAGAUGACACGCUUUUAAGAGCAAAGAAGGGGAAGAGAGUAGAGACUGAUGAACCUGACUCUCCAAUGGUUGGGAAGCCUGAUGAGGUACCUAAAGCGAUGCGUCUUGCAACACUAGAUAUCUUUGCUGGAUGUGGUGGCCUGUCUUAUGGACUAGAAAAAGCGGGUGUAUCGAAUACAAAGUGGGCGAUCGAGUAUGAAGAGCCGGCUGGACAAGCUUUUAAACAAAACCAUCCCGAAGCAACGGUUUUUGUUGACAACUGCAAUGUGAUUCUUAGGGCUAUAAUGGAGAAAUGUGGAGAUGUAGAUGAUUGUAUCUCUACUUCGGAGGCUACUGAACGUGCAGCUAAACUUGAUGAAAACCAAAAGAGUACUCUUCCAGUUCCUGGUCAAGUUGAUUUCAUCAAUGGAGGACCUCCAUGUCAAGGGUUUUCGGGUAUGAACAGGUUCAACAAUAGCACUUGGAGUAAAGUCCAGUGUCAAAUGAUAUUAGCAUUCUUGUCAUAUGCUGAUUAUUUCCGGCCAAAGUAUUUUCUUCUAGAAAAUGUGAAGGGCUUCAUAUGGUUCAAUAAAAAGAGCACAUUUCAACUUACUCUGGCUUCUCUUCUUGAAAUGGGUUAUCAAGUAAGAUUUGGAAUCUUGGAGGCAGGUGCAUAUGGAGUAUCCCAACCUCGUAAAAGAGCUUUCAUAUGGGCAGCUGCACCAGAAGAAGUUCUUCCAGAAUGGCCUGAGCCAAUGCAUGUCUUUAAUAAUCCGACCGGUUUUAAAAUCCCACUCUCUCAAGGUCUAGAUUAUGCCGCUGCUCAUACUACUAAGUUUGGUGCACCUUUCCGCUCAAUCACGGUGAGAGACGCUAUCGGCGAUCUUCCACCAGUAAAGAACGGAGAGUCCAAUACAGCUAGAGCGUAUGGAGGUAGUCCAGUCUCGUGGUUUCAAAAGGAGAUAAGAGGAAACAUGAGUGUUCUCACUGAUCAUAUAUGUAAAGAGCUGAACGAACUUAACCUCAUCCGAUGUAAGAAAAUCCCAAAGAGGCCAGGUGCUGAUUGGCGUGACCUGCCGGACAUAAACGUGAAGUUAUCAAAUGGGCUUGUGGAAAAAAUGAUUCCUUCGGGUGUAGUAAACAAUGCUAAGAACCACAACGAUUAUAAAGGACUCUUUGGUAGAUUGGACUGGCAAGGCAACUUACCCAUUUCCAUCACUGAUCCUCAGCCAAUGGGUACAGUUGGAAUGUGCUUCCAUCCUGAACAAGACAGGAUUCUCACUGUCCGUGAAUGCGCCCGAUCUCAGGGGUUUCCGGAUCAGUAUGAGUUUUCAGGGAAGAUCAAAGACAAACAUAGGCAGAUUGGGAAUGCAGUUCCUCCACCAUUGGCGUUUGCUCUCGGUCGGAAGCUUAAAGAAGCCUUACAUCUCAAGUGCUCUCUUCAACACCAAUCCUAAAUAGCACCUAAAUUUGCAUUAUGCCAACUGAAUAUUUUGUUUUAUUCAAAAAAAAAAUCUGUAAUUGCUAUAAAUUUUGUUAUUCGAAAAAAAAAUUGUAA